AUGCCACAUGCCAAUAAGCCUGUUGUUGAAGUCACACAUAUAGAUGACUAUCAAGUUAAUUUUAUUCUAUCUAAUACUGAUCUCAGUAUGGCUAAUUCUUUAAGAAGAGUUUUUCAUGCAGAAGUACCAACAUUAGCUAUUGAUUGGGUUCAAAUGGAUAAUAAUACAACAGUCCUUCAUGAUGAAUUUAUUGCUCACCGUCUGGGUUUAAUACCUUUUUUAUCUGACAUCAAAGUAGAUAAAAUAAGAAAUUUCCGUGAUUGUGAUUGUGUGGAUUUUUGUAAACAAUGUUCUGUUGAAGUAUGGUUACGUGUUAGAAAUGAUGAUACAGCUACUAGAUCUGUAACAUCAGAUGACAUUGUAUCAGCAGAUCCUGAAGUUGUUCCAGCUGCUGGAAAAUAUCUUAAACCACAUUAUAAGGGAGAUUUUACUGAAUUUGAAAGACUUUAUGGACCAAUUUUAAUUGUCAAAUUACGUCAAGGUCAAGAACUUGUAUUUAGAGCUUUUGUUAAAAAAGGUAUAGGAAAGGAACAUGCUAAAUGGAAUCCAACAGCCGGUGUAACAUUUGAAUAUGAUCCUGAUAAUUCUUUAAGGCAUACAGUUUAUCAGAAUCCUUCCGAUUGGCAUAAAUCAGAACAUACUAGAUUACCGGAUGAUGUUUAUGAAGCUGCAUUUGAUGCUUUAGGAAAACCUAGUAAAUUUUAUAUUGGUGUUGAGUCAUCAGGAGCAUUGAAAGCUGAAAAUAUUGUGAUUAAUGGCAUUAGAAGUUUAAGAAAAAAACUUGUUGACUUGAAAGAUUGUUUAGAAAAAGAGCAUAUUAAUAGUACAAUUCAUUGA